GAUUUCAUAUUUGAUAUGAUGAUAAUAAAGCAGUGAAUGAUGACUCCCUCUUCUUCCUGCUUCCUUGUCCUCUCUUCUUCUUGUUCUUCAUGUUAUGCAACCCUUUGAAGCCGGCAUCUACUAAAACCCAUUUCCCAAACACUUCAAAAUAUCUCUUCCUUUUCUCUCUUUUACUCAUUGGAUCAUCACUUCUUCUUCAAUUCGCCUUCAAAAUACAGAAAAGAGGUCCCUUUUUUUGUGUUUUGAGAUUUUGAUCCAUCUGAAGGGGACCUUAAAAUCUUGGAUCUUUCCGAUUGCUAUCAUUUCAAAGUUUCAAUCUUUUCAGAUUUUGGCGUGCUGGGUCGAUCCGAUUUCGGUCUAAAACUGCUGAAUUUGAUCUGAAAUUCGGAGGUUUUUGUUUGGUCUUCUUUGGAUUAUUAUUAUUUUCUUUAAAUCUCUGCUUUGAAAUGGUCUAUUUCCAUAACUCAAUCUCUCUCUGCAACUCCACCAUGGCGAAUUCGAUUUGCUCCUCGGAUUCUGGCUCAAAAUCGAGGCCAAACAACAGCAGCAACCACCUUAAUCGGAAUCGGAGGGUUCCAAUUUCAUCAUCAUCAUCAUCGGCCAAUUCGCUUCAGAUUCCACCUUGUGACCGAUCUCGAUUGGCCAUAGUUGAUGUUGUGAUCUUCAUCGCGGUUAUCAGUGCAAUCUUGUACUUGUUCUUCCCUUACAUAGAGCUUGUGAUUAUAACCUCCAUAAGGGUUUCAAAAGUGGUAUUUUGUGUGAUGAAAGAGGAGUUUUCGGUGGCGCCUUCGAUCUAUAUCGCAAUAGUGAUGAGUAUUGUGUGUGCUGCAUUGGCAACUUGGGGUGUUGUGGCUUGCACUAGCAGGAAGUGUGGAAACCCCAAUUGCAAGGGUUUGAGGAAGGCUGCAGAGUUUGAUAUUCAGUUGGAGACUGAAGAUUGUGUCAAGAAUUCGGGUUCUGUGAGCAAGGAUGGUGGUGGAGGAGGUGGCGCCGGUGCUGCCGGCAUUAAGAAGGGUCUAUUCGAGCUUCCUCGUGAUCAUCAUAGGGAGCUGGAAGCUGAGCUUAAGAAGAUGGCACCAAUCAAUGGAAGGGCUGUACUUGUUCUCCGGGCUAGGUGCGGCUGCUCGGUUGGUAGGUUGGAGGUUCCCGGGCCGAAGAAGCAUCCGCGGAAGAUCAAGAAGUAGUAAAGAAGGAUUGAUUUAAUUAUAGGGCUGAAGGGAUUUAAAAUUUGAGAAUGAAUACUGAAAAUUUGUAGUAGUGGUACUUUUUAUGGAUGAGGAGACAUUAUUUUCUAUAUGAUCAUUCUAAGUAGGAACUCUUUUUAGGGAUGGACAUGUCUUUAAAUAAGCUCCCCUUUUGGCAAUAAGUUGUAAGGAAUUAUGGGUUAUACACAGUGGGAUAUACCUGGGAAUAUAAGAAACUAUUUAUUUUAUUUUUA